AUCUCUGCCUGCGGAGGGAAAUGCUUAUCAGCGGGAGAGCCGUGAUCAGCGAUUAUGUGGCAUCCUCUUUUGGGGCGACGUGUUGUAAAGACCCCGGAGCGUCAGCCAGGUGACCCUCGAGCAGAUCCGAGGAGAAGAGCCAGGAUGCCGCAUCGCACCAUUCAUCUUUUCCGGAAGGGACUUCGGCUUCAUGACAACCCAACGCUGCUGGCCGCGCUGGAGUCCUCGGAGGUCGUCUACCCUGUCUACAUCCUGGACAGAAAGUUCAUGACGUCCGUGAUGCACAUAGGGGACCUGCGGUGGCAUUUUCUGCUGCAGUCCCUGGAGGACCUCCAGAAAAACUUGUGUCAGCUGGGCUCUUGCUUGCUGGUUAUUCAAGGAGAGUACGAGUCUGUUCUUAGAGAUCACAUCCAGAAGUGGAAUAUCACGCAAGUGACUCUGGAUGCGGAGAUGGAACCAUUUUACAAGGAAAUGGAGGCCAGCAUACGACGUCUGGGAGAAGAGCUGGGGUUUGAGGUGCUUUCUCUGGUGGGCCACAGUCUGUACGAUACCAAACGGAUUUUGGACCUGAACAGUGGGACUCCCCCAUUAACAUACAAGCGGUUCCUUCACAUUCUGUCUCUGCUUGGCGACCCUGAGGUGCCUGUCCGAAACCUUACAGCUGAAGACUUCCAGAGAUGUAGGCCCCCUGACCCGGGCCUGGCUGAGUGUUACAGGGUGCCCCUCCCCGUGGAUUUGAAGAUCUCCCUGGAGAGCCUUUCCCCCUGGAGAGGAGGGGAGACCGAAGGGCUACAGCGCCUGGAGCAACACUUGACUGACCAGGGCUGGGUGGCAAGUUUCACUAAACCGAGAACAAUCCCAAAUUCACUGCUUCCAAGCACCACAGGCCUGAGCCCGUAUUUCAGUAUGGGCUGUCUGUCAGUUCGCACCUUUUUUUAUAGGUUGUCAAACAUUUAUGCUCAGGCCAAGCAUCACUCUCUGCCCCCAGUGUCGCUCCAAGGGCAGCUUCUGUGGAGGGAAUUCUUCUAUACAGUGGCGUCAGCAACACCAAACUUCACCAAAAUGGCUGGGAACCCCAUCUGCCUUCAGAUCAGUUGGCGUGAGGAUGCAGAGAGGCUCCACAAGUGGAAAACGGCACAGACGGGGUUCCCGUGGAUCGACGCGAUUAUGACCCAGCUGCGCCAGGAAGGCUGGAUCCAUCACCUUGCUCGGCACGCUGUUGCCUGCUUCCUGACGCGGGGGGACCUUUGGAUCAGCUGGGAAGAGGGCAUGAAGGUGUUUGAAGAGCUGCUUUUAGAUGCUGACUACAGCAUCAACGCGGGGAACUGGAUGUGGCUGUCGGCCAGCGCUUUCUUCCACCAGUACACACGGAUCUUCUGCCCUGUCCGCUUUGGGAGGCGCACGGACCCCGAGGGGCAGUACAUCCGGAAAUACUUGCCUAUACUAAAGAACUUUCCCUCCAAGUACAUCUACGAGCCCUGGACAGCAUCUGAAGAGGAGCAGAAGCAAGCGGGGUGUAUCAUAGGUCAAGGUUACCCUUUCCCGAUGGUGAACCACAAGGAAGCCAGCGACCACAACCUGCAGCUGAUGAAACAGGUCAGAGAGGAACAGUACAGAACAGCCCAGCUCACGAGAGAUGAUACAGAUGACCCAAUGGAAAUAAAAGUAAAGCGUGACCACUCUGAAGAAAGCAUAUCAAAAGGAAAGGUGGCCAGGAUGACAGAACAAACCGAGAUCCCGUCAGGGAUUAGCCGUUGGGAACCAAAGAAUGGCAAAAGGGGAGAGCCAGAGGCCAGCUGAACUGGACAAACUCUAGUUGCUACUUUGUCCUGCAGAUAGUGCCUCUUGUUUGUGAACUGACCUCCAAGAAAAGUGUUCUAUCUUGAAUGUGUUUGUUAGCGCAGUUAUUUUGAAUGAAAUUGUCUGUGCGUGGCUUACAAGCCGUUUGUCGCAGCUGUUUGGUAAAUUCAAGAGGUGACUGGUUUUGACAGGACAUGAUGCUAUAGCAUUGUUCAAAUCCACUUGACGUUCAUGCCCCUUGUAUAGUUUUAGUGAUAAGUACUAGGCUUUCCAACAUGCCAGAUAAAUGUCGGUUGAAGAAUAUAUGAACAUUAAUGUGCUCACACAUUAGUGUUAAAAGCUUGAUUUGCCUGUCUUGUAGAGACAGAGGUUUAGGGAUUUUCAGAUGCCGUUUCUAAGUUCACAGUUUGUGCUUGCAGUCCCCAGUUUGGGGAGAUACAGCAGAAUGCAGCCCGUCGUAAGGUUGUGUGUAGUUCUUACGACUUAAAUGGGACUUCUUAUGCAUUUUAAGGGCAACGUUGCAAAAUGUCUCACUGAAUUAGGGCUGACGUACAACUUUCUUCACCAUAACUCUCCUUCUUGGCUAAUUCCUCUAGAACGGUAGGGUUGAUAUUAUUUCUAUCAUGUACCACAUAUAAAAAUUUACCCUUCCAUUGAAAUGUCUCAUUGUGAAGUUU